AUGAUUGUUAAGACCUUCACACCCUCACUGUCACGAAGGUUAAGGUGCGCUCCUAAAUUAUCAUUUGUAUCUGAUAAUGCAAAUUCGUUUGUGGUUGCUGCAUUGUUCUGCUCUGAUAACUCUCCUCCGAAGGACGACGUUGAAAUUGUUUUUGGGAUAAUCACUAGCUCUACCUCUUCCAAAAACCUCCAACUAUCGUUGAAAUCAAGUCGGGUUCUUUUCUCUAAUGAUUUGAUUGAUAAAGUUUUAAAGAGAGUCAGGUUUAGCCACGGAAAUCCUCUACAAGCUCUCGAGUUCUAUAAAUAUGUUUCCAGUAGAAGAGGGUUUUAUCACUCUUCCUUUUCUUUAGAUACAAUGCUUUAUAUAUUAGGCAGAGGCCGUAGAUUUGAUCUAAUAUGGGACCUUCUGGUUGAUACCAAGAGAAAAGAUCAAUCUUUAAUAUCGCCACGAACUAUGCAAGUGGUUUUAGCUAGAGUUGCUAAGGUUUGUUCUGUUAGGCAGACUGUAGAGUCUUUCAGAAGGUUUAAGAAACUGGUUCCAGUAUUUGAUAUUACUUGUUUUAAUGCUUUGUUGAGGACUUUGUGUCAGGAGAAGAGUAUGACAGAUGCUAGAAAUGUGUAUCAUAGUUUAAAGCAUGAUUUUAAGCCUAAUUUGCAGACUUUUAAUAUACUUCUGUCUGGUUGGAAAUCGGUGGAGGAGGCUGAGGGGUUCUUUCAGGAGAUGAGAGAAAUGGGAGUAAAACCUGAUAUUGUUUCUUACAAUUGUUUGAUUGAUGUGUAUUGUAAGGGUAGACAAGUAGAGAAGGCACAUAAGGUGUUUGAGAGAAUGAGAGAUGAGGAUAUAUCGCCUGAUGUGAUCACAUAUACAAGUAUAAUUGGGGGUUUGGGGUUGGUAGGUCAGCCUGAUAAAGCUAGAGAUAUUUUGAAGGAAAUGAAGGAGUAUGGAUGUUACCCGGAUGCUGCAGCCUACAAUUCUGCAAUUAGGAAUUAUUGUAUUGCAAAGAGGCUUGGUGAAGCAUUUGAGUUGAUGGAUGAGAUGGUGCGCAAGGGAUUAGACCCGAAUGCAACUACUUACAAUCUCUUCUUUAGGGUUUUUUACUGGUCAAAUGAUUUGAAAAGUGCCUGGAAUUUAUAUCAGAGAAUGAUGGAUAGUGGGUGCCUCCCAAAUACACAGUCUUGUAUGUUUCUAAUUCGGUUAUUUAGGAGGCAGGAAAAGAUGGAGAUGGCAUUGCGGUUGUGGAAUGACAUGGUGGAGAAGGGUUUUGGGUCUUAUGUUUUGGUAUCUGAUGUGUUGUUUGAUUUGCUUUGUGAUAUGGGAAAGUUGGUGGAAGCAGAGAAGUGUUUCUUGGAGAUGAUAGAGAAAGGGCAUAAGCCAAGCAACAUUUCUUUUCGGAGGAUCAAGGUUCUUAUGGAAUUAGCAAACAAGAAAGAAGCCCUUCAAAACUUGAUGCAGAAAAUGGCCAUUUUCGGGCCUCCUGUCCAAGUUUGUGAAAGUGAAGAAAGCCUGGCUGAGAAGUCAAUUUAGACUCUCUUCUAUGUUAUUUGCAAAUGGCAUGGUUGUGAUUGAACUUCCCAUUUCGUAGGUUCUAAAGAACUGACUGAUAGUACUGAGAUGCCAAACGUGUCCUUCUAAAGUGUCAUAGAAUGAACCAAAAUUGAAGAAUCAGGCCUCUGGCAGUGUAUUGUCCUUUGUAGAAUAGGCGCAGGUUGGCCCCUAAGGGGAGGUGUUUGCUUGAAAGAAAAGGAGGAAGCCAUUUGACUUUAUGAGACGAAAAAGCCAGAGUUUCAUAAACUGGGCUAUUUUCAUUGCAACUCGUACCACAAUUCCGUGGAAGAACCGGAAUCCGGGCAGUCCGAGGGACCACCAAUUCACCUCUCUAUGUCCACCUUAUCUUGGGUUGAAAUAUUCCAAUCGGUGUUUCUCUUGUCCGAGAUUGAAACUCCAUUCCACUUUUGAACCAAUCAAUUUUGCUUAUUCGGAGGACUAAUCCAUUGUUGUAGGAUUGCUGAUGCUCCUGUAC